UUUUUUAUAAUUAUAAGGGGUUAAGUGCGAAAGUAGAAGUUUUGCAGGGGGUGAUGUACUAUUUUCCCUUGUAUAUAAAUAUAAUGUAAGAUAUAUCCUUCUGCACCUAAACCCAAACCUAAACGACACAGCCUGUCUAGGUAUCCAUCCGCCGCUGGCAAAAUUCUUCAUCUUCACAGGUGCAUGCAAUGGUACCGAUAUUAGAGCGGCAAUGCGGACACUGUGGGCAGAUUUCCGCGUUAGAGAGGAGUUGUGAUGGCCGCUUCUACUGUGAUUUCUGCUGCGUGCAAUUUGAUGAUUUAUUUGUAUAUGAUUGGUUUGAUGUUGGGAACUUAAGAUCUUCAUACUGUAUUAGUUCUUCUGACUCUGAACGAUCUGAACGAGUACGUGAUUAUUGUGAUGUUGAUGAUGAUGAUGAUGAUGAUGAUGACGACGAUGAUGUUUUUUCUGAUGAACAACUAAUAAGUGAUUUAGAUGAUGAUGAUGAUGAUGAUCAUAAUGUUGUUUCAGAUGUUACACCACCUUCUGAUGAACAAUUAUUAAGUGAUUUAGAUGGUAAUAAUAUUAAUUCAGAUGUCUUGGGUGAUGGAGUUGUACCUACUGAACUAUCAAUUACUGAUUUUGGCUCUUCCGAGAAGAAUGUCAGCGUCCAGCCGCGAAGUAAUCGAGCUAGUGCCGAACCAGUCGAGCUAGUGAAGAAUCGUGAUGAAAUCAUUGAGUGCCAAGACAAGGACGAAGAACAAGACUAGGAAGAAGAAUCCGAUUUCAGCCCUGUCUAGUGAAAUACUUUAUUGUUUUCCUAUUUUAUUUACAAAUAAUCUGUUACUUUUUUAUAUAAGUCUCGGAUUUGGACGA